AUGGCGUGGUUUCGCGGGCGGAAGCUGGGGAGUCCAAGGAUCGCUUCUCCGGAUGGUCUGGGGAGGAUUCUGAUGGAGGCACUCCGCGGAAGGGGAAAUUCGAAGGUAGGUGGGGUGUCCUUUUUCGCGCUUCAGCUUAAAUGUUUGGUAGUUUCUCGUCUCAGGUACUCAGGAUUUGUUAAUUUUUGUGUGUUUGUUCAUCUGAGCCGCACUUGCCAUACAUUUGGGGGAGAACGUAGCACGACUGUCAAGGAAAGCCCGUGAUUUGAGUUAGAUCGUUCGCCGUGUUCUUGUCUCCUAAGCUUACAGAUUUAAUUAAUCAUUAAAUUAUUUUCUUAGUAUUCGCAUUUCUUUCACAUUUGCCUCAUAGUAAUACAUGGACUCAGGAGACUUGUGGACUGAAAUCCGGAUGCACGCAAUACGAAUAGUUUGGGAUAUGGCAGAUUCAAAAGAAACCAUUUUGAUUUGCAUUACAUGAGACUCCAAUUGCAGAAUUGUUGCUCACAUAAUUCUAUUGUGAAGCUAACUUCACCUAAGCAUUUCUCCAUUUUUUCGUGGAAUUCCACAGAUUACUUGUUUUCUUUGGAGAUCUAAUGACUGUUCCAUCAUAGUUCACUUUCAGGAUUUGUGGGAGUCGGUCUGGCUGGAAUUUUGUUCACCGCUGGAAUCGCAUUUGCAGCGCUGUCCUAUGGACGUAAAAAUGUUGGUACGUGCCACUCUUGCUGCAUAAUGAAAACCAAUUUUUUUUCUGAUGAUUAAAUAACUUGAAUAAUCUUCCCACACAUAAAUCUCUUUCGAAAGUGAACUUUAUCUACUGUUUUCUUCUUUUCAGUAUUUAUUAAUCUUAAGAUCUUACGGAGCUGUGCAUGAUCCUUAAUUUUCACUGUUUCAAUACGAUAUAUGUUUUCCUUGAAUGAUAUUUUUCCGAAUGCUUCGGUGUUUGCAGGAAGGCCAAGAGAGAUGGAGCCUCUGACUGUGGAGCAGGAAGUAUUAUUGGAGUCUGAUGAGCAGAAUGAGAGUACGGAUUCCAUUGAAAUCGAGAGUAACUCAACUGUGCCCGAGGAAAGCUCCACUUUCGCUCGUGAUUCUGAGACAGGUACUAGCAAAGAAAACAUCUCGCCUUUAGACACAAUUGAUUUCGAUGCAGACAGUAGGGCGGUGUCAUCUCCUUCAGAAGACGAUCAGUCUGCUGCCAUCGAUGCUAAGGACAUUAAAAAAGGCUCCACUCGGGAAGAUCAUAAUAGAACUACCAAUCUCGAUGACCCUUUAGGCCUCACCGUCUCUGAUCUCAAUUCAAUUACGAAGCCUGCACACACAGAUCAGCCAUCUGCUGAUGAUUUUAGUAUUAAAGAUCAGAACAGCAGCUUGGCUUCUGGUUUGUCAGGCUCUUCUGUCAGACUGACUGACAGAAUGGAGGCCAGCACCCUCGCUGGCAUAUCGUCUGCUACUGAUUCAGAAAAAAAUGAUGGUGAUCGUCAGGAAGGAGGUAUCUUUUCAGACGAAUUGGAAAAUUCGAAGGAUCUGCUGUAUUCUGGUGCUUCUAGAGGUGGAACUUUGGGUGAUACUUCAAGUUUGGAGAACUCUGUCGAGAUUAGUGCAAAUAUUGAUCCCCAAUUCGCAUCAGAUGGCGUAGUGAAAGUGGUAGGCCGUGAGUCAGAGGAACAAGAGUCUCAGCCACUUCCUAAUGAGGGUAGCGCCAGGCUUUCACUGGAUCAUAGCACAAAUGUAAAUGGUUCAUCUGUGACAAACUCUCAAUCAGAUCUCAGCCCAUAUGAGACACUUCAGGUCCCGUACAACAGUGCCUCUUCCCCGCUAGAGGAACAUAAAUUAGAUACUGAUGAACGUUUUGAAGCACUGGCACCCACACCAGUCGCUCCUCUAGAUAGUCAAUCCAAACCUAGCGAUCACUUUGAAACCCGUAAAGUUAGACCAGCGUACGAGUCAACUCUGCCUCAGAAGUCCUUUUCUUCAGCUGGUAUACCUGCUCCAUCUCUAGUUUCUGCAGCUUCACAGGUUCCUCCUGGAAAAGUUCUCGUGCCAGCAACAGUUGACCAGGUUCAGGGACAAGCAUUAGCGGCACUACAAGUUUUAAAGGUAUUGCUUUGUAAUUGACUUGCCCUGUAGAGCUUUAUUUCCAUAUUUCAUACUCUCUUGUACAGCCUGUUCACUAGGAUCUGAAGUGCGAAGUGUCUUUCAGAGAUACUAAAAAAAAUUAAAAUUAAAGACACUGGGGCUGGUGCCUAAUUGAAAAUUUAUUAUUAUUUUCUAGACAUUGAUUGACUUAUCAGCGUCUCAAACAGUCGUAUUAUUAUGGUACCGUUUUUUGUCCUCUUGCACAAAUCUGACUGAUAUAUUAUUAUGUGAAAAAAUUUAAUGGUGCAGCUGAGAUUCUGUCUAUACGUGAUUAACAUUUUUGACUGAAGAUUACCCACAUUAACGUGCGAAUGGACUAGACAAAAUAGAACAAGAGAAGAAUUAGAGGGUUGGGGGGGGGGGUUGUUUCAAGGGUAUCAGAUCAGUUGACUAUAAUACCCACUUCCGGCCAAAGUUUUAAAUUUUUUUUGGAUCAUUGCCUCCAUAUGGGGCCCUGAUCUUUUCAACUCGUUGCUUGAUCAUAAUCAUAUGGAAUAUUGUAAAAAAAUUGAAUUAUAAUCUCAAAUUACUUUUGUAAACAUUGAAAAGCCUGGAUUUCAAUAGUUUAUGUAUGAUGCCACAAAUGCCCACCAAUAGUGUUUAGCAGUUUUUUUCAAUGGGGCUUGCUUUGUCUUUAGCUCUCUAGACCAGGAGAAUUGGGAGGGAACUUUGUGCAUCUCUUCUCUGUUAUGCACAUCUUAUCUCCUAGAGACGGAGCAUGCAUUUUUCUUGCCAAUUUUGUGGGAUUCCCUAGUGAAGUCUUGGCAUUGGAAUAGGCUCUGGAGUUGUCAACUGGCUUCGUGGAUGCCUAGUUAUGUUAUUUAUUUGACUGUGAAUUAGAGAAAAAUUAAAAAGAAUAAAACCCUACUCUAAUCAGUUUGGUCUAGUUUCCUUGUCAUUUAACCAUUGUUCAAUUAUUUAUAAUACAUUUUUUUCAUGUUUUAUUUCAAAGCUUUUAAGCGUUCUAUUCUCUCUCUCUCUCUCUCUCUCUCUCUUUCACACAGACACUAGAAUUCCCGCUUAUAAUCAUGAUUUUAGCUCUAUAAUUGGCCUAUUGGGUUUGGUUCUUUGCUGUUUCUUUUUUCUUGGAUUUUUUUGUUUGGGAAAGUAAUCUAUUUGUAAUUACUAGAUUAUUCAGCUUACUAAUUAACUUUCAUUUUUAAGGUUAUUGAAGCUGAUAUAGAACCGGGUGCUAUAUGCAGCCGCCGUGAGUACGCUCGAUGGUUGGUCUCUGCGAGUAGCAUUCUCUCAAGGUAGGGAUAUAUUUUUAUUUUCUCUUUAUUCCCUGAUUUUAAUUUCUGCGGGAAUAAUGGUCUUCAAAUGAUAUCCCUCUCUGGUGAUCCUCAAUCUCUUGGUUUUCUCACCAGGAACACUGCUUCAAAGGUGUACCCUGCCAUGUACAUAGAGAACGUCACUGAGCUCGCGUUCGACGACGUAACUCCCCAAGACCCUGAUUUUCCGUUCAUACAAGGUGAGAUAUAUUCAUCCGAAUUCCUUGACUCCGACAUAGCUUAAUCUUUUGUGGCCCCCUAACACCUGUAAUAAUUGCAGGUUUGGCUGAGGCUGGGCUGAUCUCAAGCAAGCUCUCAAGAUCUGAUCUUGAUCUCCCUGCGAGUGGAGACCAAGAUUCUUCCCUGUUCUCCCCCGAGAGGUGAUCGGCUUCUGGAGUUUCUAUAGGUCUAUGUGAUUGAUUUCCCUGAGAGCGUUUCUCAAUCUUCUCCCCUGCUUCUGCAGCCCUGUAUCUCGCCAGGAUCUUGUGAGUUGGAAGAUGGCUUUGGAGAGGAGGCAGCUCCCAGACGUUGACAGAAAGGUGGCGCAGAAAUCAUAGAUUAUCGUAUGAAUACCAAGGUUUAUGAUUGAUUGAUUCAUUCAUUCACGAACUGAAAGUGUUUUUUGAUCAGAUUCUGCAUCAGUGCUCGGGAUAUAUAGAUAUCGACAGAAUCAAUCCAGAUGCCUGGCCUGCGAUUGUGGCCGAUCUGUCCAGUAGAGAGCACGGCAUCAUCCCGCUUGCGUUUGGUACUACUCUUCAUGGGCUCAUCUUCCUUCUCGAUCUAGGGUUAUUUUUUGUUUCUUCCGUGUUCGUUGUUUUGUGAUCUGGGUUCCGUUCGUCUUCCUCAGGUUACACGAGACUAUUCCAGCCUGAUAAACCAGUUACGAAAGCUCAGGCCGCCAUUGCUCUGACGACCGGUGAAGCCUCCGAGAUGGUCGCUGAAGAGCUCACCCGUAUCGAGGCAGAGUCGAUGGCCGACGCUGCGGUGGCGGCUCACACGGCCCUCGUGGCCCAGGUGGAGCAGGAUCUGAAUGCGAGCUUUGAGAAGGAGCUCGCAGUGGAGAAGCAGAAGGUGGACGCGGUGGAGAAAUUGGCUCAGGAGGCUAAACUGGAGCUCGAGAAACUGAGGCGGGAGAGAGAGGAAGAAAACGGUACCCUUAUCAGGGGCCGCUCGGCCGUCGAGUCGGAAAUGGAGGUCCUCUCGAAGCUGAGGAACGAGGUAGAGGAGCAGUUGCAGAGUCUCAUGGGCAACAAGAUGGAGAUGGCUUUCGAGAGGGAGAAGAUUCUGAAGCUCCGCAAGGAGGCGGAAAAGGAGAACGACGCCAUCGUCCAGUUGCAGUAUGAGCUGGAGGUCGAAAGAAAAGCCCUCUCCAUGGCCAGGUGCUUACCCAGAUCUUUGUCCUAAUCUGGGUUGGCAAUUAGGCUAAUUCUAAGCCUUCCUGAAAUCUGAAUGAUGAUCCCCAGGGCGUGGGCUGAAGAGGAGGCCAAGAGGGCGAUCGAGCAAGCCAAAGCCUUGGAAGAAGCUCGGGAACGGUGGGAGCGCCAUGGUCUCAAGGUCGUCGUAGAAGGUAGCCUCCGCGACGACGAGCUCGCCGGAACCACCUGGCUCAACGCCGGCAACCAGUCUCCGCUGCAGGAAACCAUCAACAGGGGCGAGGGCGUACUGGAGAAGCUCAGGGCAAUGGCCGUCGGCAUCAGUGGCAACUCGGCGGUGGCGAUGGAGAGGAUGAUUCAGAUCAUAUCCUCUGCGGUCUCAGCUCUGAAGCAGUUCCUCUCCAAACUCCCUGGGGCCGUCGCCGCCACAGCGUGCAAGUCCGUGGAGGACCUCCGGGGAGCCGCUUCGGAGCUCAGCUCCGUCGCCGCUGAGAGAUCCAGCCGGUCCAUCCAAGAGCUCCGAGAGAGCGCCUCUGGGUUCUACUCCGGCGUGAGAGACGGCGCGAAGAGGGCCGUCGAGGACUGCCGGGAAGGCGUGGAGAAGAUCACCCAGAAGUUCAAGACGUGA